AUGAAGAUAGAUAAACUUCUGAAACUCUCAUUUCUUGUACUUUCAGUUACGCUGACUGUUACAUUGGCACAGACAUGUUCGAUUUCAGCUACUUGGAGAGACCCUGCGCCAAACCCUAAUGGUCCAGUUUCACCUUCAGUGAUCACGGCCAACCCAGCCAAGACCUUGACUUUCAACACACCCAUCCAAUGGCAAGCAUGGACCGAGUUUGGUAACUCUGGUGCCUUCUCGACCGCCACCGGCUCAUCCAACGGUGUCUCUGUUGCCGGUGCCAUCAACUUUACAACAUUCGACUGGUACCCAUCCACCCAGUUCCUCGUCCAACGCGACACCAUACCCUACCUUCGAGGCGGAGUUGAGCACACUUUCAACUUCACCUUCCUCAGCGGCCAGGCACCAGACUUUGGCAACACCCUUGCCAAUGUCACAUUCAUGCUCGUCCCACUCUUUGACACUGGUGUUGAUGUAGGUGAUCGCUACCUCUCUGGCUUCGACUCUGUCUACUACCAACACACGUUCACUGGCAACCUCGCCCAGACUACGCAGUGGAUGGCACUCAGCCACAAGUUUACGCCCGCCUCAGACAUCCUCUCGUCGAUCCUAGUCGUGCGCUGGAUCUUCACCACCAGUGUAGUCAAGUACAACUGGUUCAUCAAGUCAUCUUUGUUGGCCUACCCCGAGUACCCCAUCACAAUCGCACCUCUACUCCCAUCAUACAGCGAGCUGGUUACCAUCCCAAACCAGCCCACGACGACCGUACCACAGAGUCUGAGCUCAUGUCCACACAAUCAGACCGGUCUCAAGCAUUGGCACAACCCAGCUAUCUGGCCAAAUGGAGUUAUGCCAUCGCCAACCUCGACAAUCACACUCCCAGCCAACUCCAAAGUACUGAUCUCAUCAUGUUCAAUCAACUCCAAUGUGAUCUACUCAAAGAUUGUGAUCCCAGCAACAAGUCAAUUGAUCUUCUCUGAUGCCAAUAUCACUGUGAGAGUGAAGGACAUUGUCGUUCAGGGUCAACUCUGGAUUGGAAGUUCAACAUGUCGAAUGAAUGGCAACAUCACAUUGAUCUUCCAUGGUGCAAAGUCCACAGCCAACACACUGGGCACGGGAGUAGGUACCAAGGGUAUCUAUGUGCCCACUGGUGGAUUCGCAAGCAUUCAUGGCAAGCAAUACACACCAACAUGGUCACGUCUUGCUCAGACCGCAUUCCCAGGCGACUAUGUGAUCGCACUUCAGAGCCCUGUGAACUGGGAGGUUGGCCAAAAGGUUGUGAUCACGACAUCUCGUAUCGAAGAUGACUUCACAUUGGAGAAUGAAGUGUUGACCAUCGCAGCAGUCAAUGGUCGCGUCGUCCAGUUCACCACACCACUCAAGUUCUAUCAUUAUGCUGGAUUGGAGUAUCAAGUUGAGGUUGGUCUGUUGUCUCGUCGCAUCAAUCUUCAGAGUCAUGCACCAGACACAACUGGCAGCUUUGGUGGACAUGUAUUGAUCACUGGUGAGGCCCAACUUGCUGGUGUGGCCGGCACUCGCAUGGGACAACAGAACAUCAUUGGACGUUAUCCAUUCCAUUUCCACAUGGCCAAGACUGUGAAGAAGUCAUACAUCACUGAUUGUUCUGUGGUCAGCUCAUUCUAUCGUUGUUACACCAUCCACGCCACCAACAAUCUCACCGUCUCAAACAAUGUUGCCUAUGAUGCAUCGGGUCAUUGUUAUUACAUUGAGGAUGGUGUUGAAGAGAACAACACACUCAGCUACAACCUCGCGGCAUUCAUUCAUUACAUUCUCGCACCUGCUAAUGGAUACGGACAGAGUGGCGAGUACUACGCAGCACAGACCGGUCUGGCCCAACCAGCAGAUAUCACAGCCAGUGGCUUCUACAUCACCAACUGUUACAACACAUUCAUUGGCAAUGCUGCCUCUGGUGGAUGGGGUGGCUUCAGCAUCCCCAAUUUGAUCAAGCCCAUUGGACCCAGCAGGACAGUCAACAUCGCCCCUCAUGAGCGUCCAUUCAUCAAGUUCGAAGGCAACACCGCUCACUCAACCGGUUACUACUGGCCAUUCGGUUCGUGUAUCUAUGUUGGAGGUCGUCUCUGGGAGGACCCUGAUCAGGCCAACCUGCUUCAAUAUGUCUCUGGCAGGAAUGAGCGUGAUACCCUGGAUACCUACGGUACUGGCCAGGCAACAUUCUUGCGAUUCAACAACACCAAGACCUUCCUGACCACCGGCCAGGCUGUGUCCCAUUGGGGCUACCGUGUCGAGGUCCACACGUAUGAGGGCCAUGAUGUUGGACGUGCCGGAUCACUCUUUGGCAUGGCCUGGCUCAACAAUGCCAUCGUCAAUGGCAAGUCUGGCAACCCAUUCGCUCAAGGCACCAAGUACCAUCGUCAGGGCUUCAUGAUGUAUGACACAUUGGUCAUGACAUUGUUGACCAACAUCAACUUUAGGAACUACGAGCACAACCCCAAAGCCGAGUUCAUUGAUGAAGACAACGUGGUGUUCAUCUCGCUCACUCACACCGACAUCUACAAGCCACAGGGCAUCUCAGCCGUGCGCAACAUCACCUACACCAACGUCAACCCCACCCAGAUCAUGGGCCACUUUGUUCAGAACACUGGCUCAUCGCGCUUCUUCAACUACAUCGACUGGGAUGGAAGCACCACCCUCAACUACCCAAACAAGACCCUGGUCGGCUCGCACUCCAACUGGUGGAACCACGACGAGAACUGUUCUUUCAAUCGUUAUGGACUUGGCGUCUGGAUCUGCUCGCCCAAGCGACCAGAGGUCGAGAUUGCUGCUAUGGACGUGCUCAUUGAUGGCCUGCUCGAGUACAUCAACGAUGGAUUCCCUCCCGAGAACUACAUUGGCACGUACUACCUCUUUGGUCAUGGCAUCACUGAUCGUCGCUCGAUGCCCGUCACACAGAACCCUGGUAUCACUGGUGUCUCCAACAUGGGCUGGUACCUCUACGUCAACCAAGGCUCACCCGCCAAGCACAAGAUCAACGUGUUCCAGGUCACAUCAGGACACUGGGUGCUCUACUCCAUGUCAUUCCCAGCCGGCACCACGUUUGAUGUGAGGACCGUGCAUCCAUGGGAGGAUGUUUACAAUCGUACUGUGACCCCAGUGACGUCACUCGAUCAGGUGAUCAAUGGCGAUGGCACCAAGUACUACUUUGAUCAGACUCAUCUCUUUGUCAAGAUCAUCGACUUCACCAUCACUGACCCACUGCGCAAGGAGUUCACUCGCUCAGGUGCCACAGUCUACGACACCAACUUGCCCUUCUCCUACUUUGAUCAGCUCUCCUACCACAUCACUGCCAACUGUCCCGCCUCCACCAUCGUCAACUACCCCUAUGGCAACUUCUGUCAAGUGCCAGACGUGUUGCCCUACUACUAA